GCGGCAGCCCCAGGAUUUGACCCUCUCCGCACUGUUUCCAUGGGGCGCCGUGCUCACCCCCGAAUGUAAUCGCUCCACAGCUGCUUGGGCAGUAAAUCCUUAAACUUUCCUCUCGAAACUUUUAAGAUUCUCCCGAUAAAACCUUUGCUUAUGCGCACUUUGCGUGGAUUGGCGUCAGUUUUAUUUUUGUUCUUCACUCCUGUGAAGAAACGUGGGGCUUGUUGGGACUCAGAUUGUUGCAUAAAUGGAAGCUGCCAGCCAGUGCAGUGGCUGCCUAAGGCAACGCCAUGGAGGCGUUGUAGCCGAGCUCACCCCUGCUGAAGUUUUCACUUGGCAACUGUCAGCAGUAGGAACCUUAGGUUGUUUAACAUUGUAACGUAGGCGCAAGACGAAAUGCAAUGCAAGGUUUCCACCUUAAUAUUGGCAAAAAUCGAGGAUCAAACAUUCGGAGCACUUGCAGUUGCCUUUAUUGAUACAGGCAGCGGGUUUUCAUUUGUUAUUUAGCUCUCUGCAGUGAAAUUCACUUUAAAUCAAAAAGUUAAUCCAGAUCUUUGGACUAUGCCAGAAUUAAUGGAAAUCACAAAACAAAUGUGGAUGCAGGAAAUCUGAAAUAAAAACAAAACAAAAAACUGGAAAAACUCAACAGAUCAGGCAGCAUCAGUGGAAGGAGAAGCAGUUAACGUUUCAAGACAACCUUGAUGAGCACAAGGAAGAUAAAAAUCUGAAAGAAACUGGAGAUAUUUUUGAUACAAACAAUGUUCCUGGUUGGCCUGACCGGUGGGAUUGCCUCAGGGAAAAGCACAGUUGCUGCUGUGUUUCGUGAACUUGGAUGCCCUGUUAUAGAUUCUGACCGGAUAGCAAGACAAAUUGUUGAGUUGGACUCCCCUGUGUACUGGGCAAUAGUGCAUUCCUUUGGUGAGGAGAUCCUGCUGGAGGACCGAACAAUCAACAGGGAGAAGCUGGGCAGCAUAAUUUUCUCCAGCAGGGAGAAACGGCAGCUCCUGAAUUCCAUCACUCAUCCAGCAAUACACAAAGCCAUGCUCAAACAAGUUUUUAAAUAUUUUAUACAAGGGUAUCGGUAUGUUAUUCUUGAUGUCCCACUCUUGUUUGAGACUAAUAAGGUGGCUAAAUUUAUGAAGCAUACUAUAGUUGUUUACUGUGACCCUCAAGCUCAGCUGACCCGAUUGAUGAAGAGAAAUAACUUGGUCCAGGCAGAAGCAGAGAAGCGCAUUAGCGUUCAGAUGCCAUUGGAACAGAAGCGGAAGCUGGCGAGCCAUGUGAUUGAUAACUCUGGGGAUCCUGCCAGUACAUACCGGCAAGUUUGCAAACUGCACUCUCAACUAGAAGACUCCAUGGACUUCUUAGCAGUAAGGUUGCUUGCUGUGGUCACCCUUACUGGUGUUGGAGGCCUUUUGUACAUGUUCAUAAAAAGAUGUAUUUUUUAAGGUCUGCUGCGAACAAGAUCAAGUCAGGACAAAUAUUUUGUUUUACCACAAAAUGGACCCAGUGUAAGGUGGGAUAUUAAACGGUAUGGAUGUGCUGCUGCUGAACGAUCUUCAUUUAAACCCUUUUCCCUGUGAUGAGUGUCAUUAUCUCUCUUCCUCUUGUAUUGAUAUGAGAUUGAAGAGAUCUCAUACAAAUUAUCAAUAGUCAGCCUUUUGCUUUGUCAGCGUCUCAGAACUAAAAUGUACCAAUCGAGUGAUGAAAUUUGUAGUGCAUUGAGAUGGCUGCAGCAUUAAACCAUGCCAAGUAUACAAGCCUUUAUUCAGAUAUCAGAGACUCAUGCCUGAAUAUGCUUGACUUCCAUGUGAAAUCAGAGUGAUCACAUGAGAGAGUUUUGUGAAAAUUGACUUUAAGUUGCCCUCUGUGGCCUGCAGAUACCCAAAACUGUUGCUAUUUUUAAAUGAGUCGCCAAAGUAAAUCCAAACUAGGCCAAUGCCAUUAUAUAAAACUGAUGCCCCAUUACCUGUUUCUUCCUCAAAAAUGUAUGACUCAGUCAAGGUGCAAGGUGGUACAGUGUGUGGAUUGCCACUUCACCAUAUCUGUUAUUCAGUGCUGUGACUUGGAACAGUGGUAGCUCUACCUUUGUUCUUUUAGUAAUGUCCUACAUGUUGGAAUCUCUUUAUUUGAGCAGGUGAGAUGGGUGAACAUGCAUGGUGGUUGUUAGUACAUUUUUAGUGGCUUGGGCAUUGGGAGCAGAUUUGGAAUCUUGAUCAGUGCAAGGUCAGGGAAAGAAAUGUGACAAAUGCAUACAGUUUGUUCAAUCCCAUUGGCAGUUGGGUGGGAAUGCAUAAUGCAGCGGUGUCCACUUGCAAUCUAAUUACCAUGUGGGAUCAUCUGGAAGAAUCAUUUUUUGAUUUCUUAUUCAAAUAAAUUAUGUAGAUUUUGCUGCUAAAUUUUUGGCAUCAAGAAAACACAAUUGAAGCAAAAUUGACCUGUGGUGAUGGAGCAAGUGCAAAAUGGGCUGCCAAUCUGCUGAUUUUUUUUUUUGUUUUGUAAUUUUUAAAUUGAAAGUUGAUGCAGAUUGGAUGAGGUGUAAAGUGCUUUGUCUAUGUGCUAUUGUUCACUUUAUAUUUUUGUCAAAGACUAGCUUUCUACAUUUCCAAAAGCAUUAAUGUUCAUUUUUGCGACUCUGGGGGUGAGGGGGUUGGGGAGGGCAUGGGCUUCUCUUUAACUGGCACAGUUCCCCUUCAAGGAGCAGCUAUCCUUUACCCAGUUCUGAAGUUCUGGUGUCAUCACUCUCCACUCAUGCACCCAACCAAGUGACUGUUCUCACACCGUGAGCCUUAACUGUGAUAACUAGCAGACUUGAUCAUAUGGUAGGGGUGAUGAGAAGGCUGCUGUACAUUUUUAGAAACUCAUUGUAUUUUCCCCAUCAGCAAUUGAGAUUACUCAAUAGAGAUAAUUUCCCCCUUCCCAUUCCACUCUGACAUCUUAUGGGAGUUGGCAUAAUUGUUACUUUUUUUUAAACUGCCAAGUGAAAUUGGCUAAAUCACUGCACACUUGAUCAAUAGCUUUUCUAUGGGAAUAUUUUUUACUUCUCUAGAAUAAUAAGAUUGCACUAAUUCUUUUCAAUGUUUGUGCGAAGAUCCGAUAAGAAGACUCAUUCAGGGACCAAAGUAAGUGUCCUAUAUUGUUGCAAUACACUCAAAUGGAAUAUCUCCCCCAGGGAAGAUGAAUGCCCUUGCCACUUCAGUUUUGGCUGCUUUCUUAGUUUCAGGAUAAAUGACAGAAAUUAAAAUCAAACAUUGGUGCCAUGAAGGUUCACUUUAUGUCCAUCUAGUUUAAGCCUCAAGAUGCCCUGAGCACACAGAGAUGUGGAUAAGUCUCCCACAUGUACAUUUUGUGUAAUUGCUCAAAUAGGAAGCUAGUAAUUGAGUUGCUUUCCUUGAACUUGUCUUUGUAAAUGAUGUCUGACAUGUAUAAAUAAACCAGCAUUGUCCUGCCUUUGAAUUAGUUUGAAAAGAA